AUGGUGAGGUACGGGAUCAGGAAGGCCCCUGAGGAGGAGAGAGACCAUCAGAGAGAGGGAGGAGUGAGGUACGGGAUCAGGAAGGCCCCUGAGGAGGAGAGAGACCAUCAGAGAGAGGGAGGAGUGAGGUACGGGAUCAGGAAGGCCCCUGAGGAGGAGAGAGACCAUCAGAGUGAGGGUGGGGUGAGGUACGGGAUCAGGAAGGCCCCUGAGGAGGAGAGAGACCAUCAGAGUGAGGGAGGGGUGAGGUACGGGAUCAGGAAGGCCCCUGAGGAGGAGAGAGACCAUCAGAGUGAGGGAGGGGUGAGGUACUGGAUCAGGAAGGCCCCUGAGGAGGAGAGAGACCAUCAGAGUGAGGGAGGGGUGAGGUACUGGAUCAGGAAGGCCCCUGAGGAGGAGAGAGACCAUCAGAGUGAGGGUGGGGUGAGGUACUGGAUCAGGAAGGCCCCUGAGGAGGAGAGAGACCAUCAGAGUGAGGGAGGGGUGAGGUACUGGAUCAGGAAGGCCCCUGAGGAGGAGAGAGACCAUCAGAGUGAGGGAGGGGUGAGGUACUGGAUCAGGAAGGCCCCUGAGGAGGAGAGAGACCAUCAGAGUGAGGGAGGGGUGAGGUACUGGAUCAGGAAGGCCCCUGAGGAGGAGAGAGACCAUCAGAGUGAGGGAGGGGUGAGGUACUGGAUCAGGAAGGCCCCUGAGGAGGAGAGAGACCAUCAGAGUGAGGGAGGGGUGAGGUACUGGAUCAGGAAGGCCCCUGAGGAGGAGAGAGACCAUCAGAGUGAGGGAGGGGUGAGGUACUGGAUCAGGAAGGCCCCUGAGGAGGAGAGAGACCAUCAGAGUGAGGGAGGGGUGAGGUACGGGAUAGUGGCCAAACCGGCUGCAGCUCUGGCUGUGCGUUUAACAGCCCCGUGA